UGAUCGGACGCAAAGGACUAAGUACUGAAACUCGAGGAAGAAGAGAAAGCAUGACCCUCUUGUUGUGUCCGAUCGAAGAAACCAGCCAUGGAUUUGUGUUCGUGAUUUGAGCCACGCUACGAUCACUUCGAUUUGAAUCCUAACACUCUUCACUUUCCCCAUCCCAUUUUUUUUUCUCUCCAAGUGCUUUCCACAACAAUGAUGUCCCCGAACCGCGUCUCAGAGGAUCGGGGCAACCCACCUCAUCAUUUCAGACAGACACCCUUGCAGAUAAUCCAUAUUCUUGCGAAUUUCAUGAGGAUAUGGUCUAUAUACUCCAUGUACCGCUACAUUGAACAGACUGGUGCUUCUGUUGUUCUUUUUCUGUUUGCCUGCCUGGCCCCAGCGUCCAUCCUAUUUUUGAUUUUGCAGAAGCCUUGGAGGGGCAGGCCUCUUUCUAAUACGCAGGUUGUUCCUUCUAUAAUAAAUGGUGGUAUAACAGCACUGUAUCUGGUCUUAUGGGGAAAGGGACUGAAAUCAUGUGGACCAGCUAGAGCAAUAUUGGCCGAGUAUUCUGGUGCGGUUCUUGGAGUACUUUCUGCAGUGUUAUAUGGUAGGAGAGCUCAUAUGUGGAAAAAGAUAGGUGGCCUAGUUGCCAUGCUGGCAUCUUUAUACCUGCUAUCAGAAGGAUGGGCUACUGCAACGUAUUCUCCAUUCUCUUGGGAAGAUCGAGAUAGUUCUGAGUCUCAGACUGAACCAGUUUUGGGCCUGAAGUUAAUGUUAAUACCUAUAAUUGCUGGUAUUCUAUCUGCACUGAGGAGAGUCAUUGCUCGGCGUGUUUCAAUCAAGAAUCAACUUAAAAGGCGGCUCCAUGGCUUAACUAUUGCUUCUGCAACAUGUUUUAUGUUUCCCAUUGCCAUGUGGGACAUGAUCAUAGGCUCAUCAUCCGAAUCUGAUAACAAUAAAAAGUUGCCAUUCUCUGCUUGGGCCUUCUUCAGCACUAUUUUGUUUGGAAACAUUGUGAUAUUCUAUGCUGACAGUAUUGCAGAGGAGAGAUUGCAUAUGGUUUUCUCCUCACCAAGGCAUUUAGCAGCAGCUAGUGCAUGCAUCAUCAUAAUGGAGAAUGUGUACAAGAUGGAUUUUUCUCUUGCAGGAUUCACAAUUUGCUGCUUAAUAUUAGGUUUUGGGAUACACGAAGCAACUUCAUUGGAGCUCAGUAGAAAAGAUUCCGUUAAAAAUUCAGAUUCAUCAAUUAGAGAAUUUGAUGAUCCAAUCCAGAUGUCACCCCUGCCUACUUGAUUUUUUGCAGACAAGAUGUUAUAUGUUGUGAAGAUGUAUUUUGUUGAACACCACUUUUUGGAAGCUCCAGCAUCUAGUUUGCUACACACCAAAUUCUUGAUGAUUGAUCUUAUCUUUGUUGGUUUGAGAACCAAUUUUGACCUACAAAGAUCAUUACUAGUCUGCUAGUUUAUUGUGUAGUUUAGGAGUAAUUUUCCACCAUGAAAAAAGCAGCAUCAUUGUUCCUGGUCCUGGUAGAUGUUCUUUGAAUCUUGUUAUAAUCAAAUCAUCCAAAUCAGCUAACCACACUUUGUAAUGAAAUUAUGAAUCUGCCAAUCUGUUGGUUUUUCCCUGUAUAUUAUUUCCACUCUUUUUCUUUC